GACAGCAACAGUACUUGCUAACAGCUGCCAGCUAACGACAGAGCGGAGGAUGGAGAAAGUGACACCUAAAAGAGUUUUUAUCAACAACAUAGACUCUUACGCUUCCAAAUGUGUUGCCAAGUUUCUGUGUGAGUGUGUGGUGGGAGCAGCUGUGGAUCCUGAUGCAGUGACUGAGGAAGAGGAGCAGAGGAAACCCCACAGAGGGGCACCAGUGUUUCAGGUUGUUGGGACAGUUUGUGACACGUGUGACGAGGACAGACCUCAUGUCCUGGAGGAGUAUAAGCACCUGAACAGGGAGGAGCUGCUUUCAAAGCUGAUGGACUGUGACGUUGUCAUCUACAACAUUACCCAGCAUGCCGAGCAGCUGGAGGAGGCCUGCUGGGCUGCUUCAGCACUCCACAAUGAAAUGGAAGGUUUUUCUAGAGCGAAGAUGUUCAUCCUGGUCUCCACGGUGAUGACCUGGGCCUGCAGCAAGCCAGUGGAUCCUGAUGUUCCCUUCACUGAUGAGAUCUUCUGGAGAAGAAGAGCACACCCCAGCUUCAAACAGCACAUGGACCUGGAGAAGAGGGUGGUCAAAAUGGGGAAAACGAACAGAUCAAUGUUCUCCACGUACGUGGUGGCUUCAGGACUUCAGUACGGGCUGGGAGAGCAGCUCUUCCACUUCUUCUUCAAGACGUCGUGGCUGGGACAAGAACAGGAGAUACCUGUUUUUGGAGACGGUAGCAACAUCGUCCCCACAAUUCACAUUAGGGACCUGGCGAGUGUGAUUCAGAAUGUGAUAGAACAUCAGCCCAAGCCGUAUUACCUGCUGGCUGUGGACUCUUCCAACAACACCAUGGAGGAGAUACUGAAGGCAGUUUCCUCUUCACUUGGACCAGGGAGGAUCCAGAAGAGGCCGUUUGAGGAAGCCUACCUCACACAGGAACUGAGUGUCAUGGAAAUGGAUUCCUUGCUGGUCAACCUGCGUAUGGAGGCGGUCCACCUGAAGGAGCUGUUCUCCAUCAAUUGGCUGUGUGAGUCAGGUCUGGUGGAGAACAUGGAGCUGGUGGUGGAGGAGUAUCAGCAGAGCAGGGGACUACUGCCCAUCCGUGUGUGUGUGCUGGGUCCUCCUGCGGUGGGGAAGAGCUUGGUGUCCAGACAGAUCUGUGAACACUAUAAACUCCAUCACAUCACACUGAAGGACACCAUCUCUCAAACCAUUGCACAACUG